AACCUUGACCAUCUAUGCAGUCGGUCCCAAGGCUCCAAAGUCACCAAGAAAUUGCACCCUUAUGACUAUUAUCUCGGCAAUCAUUGCAAUAGCACAACAGCAAGGGCAGUGCCCAAUGGGAAGGAAGCAGUCAUACCCAGCGCAUUAACAACAGUGGCAGACACCAGGCCGAGCAAGCCCUAUUCCCAACCAAAUACAACGCCGCUCGCGGGGUCGUCGAAAACCACGAACCAUCACUUGGCUGACUCCCAUAGUCAUUUCAAUAAUCAUAUUGAUAUUCAUAGCCCUUUAUCUAUUCCGGGUAUACUGAAAUCGGCAAAGAGUGGCCUCUGGUGA